CGCGUCUCGAUUCAGCAGAAGUAAUCAUUGACUCGUUGGAUUGUCGAGGCGCGUAAAUCCGCAAGUCUCGCUCGUUGAAGACGCGCAUUUAUUAGGUAGUGUGUUCCGUUUCGUUUGGGAGUUGAUUUGUCUGAAUAAUAUAGGAAUCCAAGGUCGAAAAAUGGGACUGGUAACGCUGGAUAACAUCAACCCGGCCAUCAGGAGCAUGGAACACGUGGUUCGCGGGCCAUUGUUUCUACGAGCCGUAGCCCUCGAGAAGGAACUGAAACAGGGUUCUGCUGGCAAGCAGUUUUCCGAAAUUAUCUGGGCCAGCGUUGGCGAUUCUCAUGCCAUGGGUCAGCAGCCGAUAACGUUCCUUCGGCAGAUUUUGGGUCUGGUCACCUAUCCGCCACUCUUCGAGGACCCAUCGAUCCCGGAAGAUGCCAAGGAACGGGCUCGAACGCUGCUAUCCAGCUGCAUGGGCAACUCUACCGGAUCCUACACCGAUUCCGUGGGAAUUGAGAUUAUCCGACACCAUCUGGCCCAGUACAUUACCGAAAGAGAUGGAGGAAUCCCAUCGGAUCCGGAUAACGUCAUGCUCACGGACGGAGCUUCGGCGGGGAUCAAAUCUUUGCUGGUGCUGUUACGAUGUAAUUUCGAAGACAAACGAACCGGUGUCAUGAUCCCAAUUCCUCAGUAUCCCUUAUUUAGAGCCUCGAUUACGGAACUUGAGAUGGCACAAAUUUCCUAUCAUUUGGAUGAGGAAAAAAACUGGGCUGUAGACGUCGAAGAAUUAAAACGGGCUCUUGAAAAUGCCAAGAAAACAUGUGUCCCUCGGGUUUUGGUUAUUAUCAAUCCGGGUAAUCCGACCGGACAGGUGCUAACCCGUGAAAAUAUCAAGGAAAUCAUUAAGUUCGCUCAUGACAAAAAACUGAUCGUGUUUGCUGAUGAAGUUUAUCAAGAAAACACCUACGGCUCUAAUGAGUUCCACUCUUUCAAAAAGGUCAUGACUGAGAUGGGCCCACCUUACAACUCCCUAGAACUCUGUAGUUUUAUGACCUGCUCGAAAGGGUACUUGGGUGAGUGCGGUUUUCGAGGGGGUUCCUUUGAGGUUGUUAACCUGGAUCCCGGCGUCAAGGCCAUGUUGAUGAAGAGUCUUACAGUACAGACCUGCCCGAACAUUUUUGGGCAAAUAAUCACUGAUAUCAUGGCUGCUCCUCCGAAACUUGGUGACCCUUCCUAUGAUUUGUUCAUCAAGGAGAAACAAGAACGCCUCCAAUCUCUCCAAGAACGAGCGGAUAUUGUGACCGAGGCGCUCAAUUCGAUGAAAGGAUUGGCAUGUACUCCGGUGCAGGGAGCGAUGUACGCUUUUCCGCAGCUGCGAUUGCCUCCGAAGGCUCUAGACGCGGCCAAGGCAGCCGGCCAGGAACCUGAUUAUUUCUACGCUUUGCAGCUGCUGGAGAAAACUGGUAUUUGUAUGGUUCCGGGAUCGAUCUUUGGCCAAAAGCCAGGCACCUAUCAUCUCCGUACCACGAUCCUACCACAACUGGAGCUGCUGAAAGUGAUGCUGAAAAAGCUACGCCAAUUUCACGAGCAGUUUAUGGACGAGUAUAAAUGAUUGACUCAAAUUGAAUUACGUGGAUUCUGUAGAAAAAAAAAGUGUCGAUUAAAGUUGAGAAUUUUUCUUUAAGCAAGGAAUUUCACAAAACAAUAGCAAUU